CCCGCCAUGCACAGAAGAGAAGCAAGUGUCUGAAAGUACAGCGACAGUUACUUUGGGUUUCGAAACAAGCCGGACAGCAAACAAACACCUGUCUCAGUCGACCUCGAUAAAGCCACUUCCUCUUCACCCACAUCCUUCACCAGCACAGUUUAUUGGUGUCAGAGCAGCUGCUGCGCGCCAUCAAAGCGACUAUUUACAUAAUUCCUCCAAUACGACAGAUAGAUAAGGAAUAUAAAGAGUUUGGAUCAUUUUAAGUGGCCCUGAUGCUGUUGCCUAAGCAGAGUUGUUAAACGAGGUCAAUUAUGAUAUGAGAGAGGGCAGAUGAGGAUGAGGAGGAUGAUGAUGGGCGGGCUGGAGGCGUUGCUCAUGCCCUCCUCCUCCUCCUCCUCCUGUAGGGCCAGCAGACAGUGUGAACUUGAACACUGACGGCCACAGCACUGAACGACAGUCAAGUCAAACAUCACUGCCGUUUUAUGAGAUUUAUAGUGUGCGCUUAGUUCUGGUGUAGUUUCAGAGGAUCUUCUCUCACUAUGUCCAGACGUAAACUCGGCAGCAGACCGCAACACCUGAGCGAAAUGCAAGAUGCUCCGGAUUCCACAGUCAUCCCCGCCGACUCUUUGCCGUCACCUGAGCAGAUGCCUCAGCCGGAUGAUGGAGGCCGUGACCUGUUGACAUGUGGCCAGUGUGGUCAAGCCUUCCCAUUGGCCCACAUCCUCACCUUCAUCCAGCACAAACAGGGCGGGUGCGGCACAGCCAGAGCCCGGCCUCAGGUCCACACUCCUCCCUCUCCGGCCAAUAGGACGCAGCAAUUCGGCCAAGGAACGCAGGUGGAGGCGGGUUACGUGGAGCUCCGGCGUAUGACGGACAGGAGAUGGAAGGAAGAGCCAGGUGUGAGGGUGGAGGCCAACCGAGCCGAAGAGCCCUCCAUUUUCACCUGCCAGGUGUGUCAAUGUGUGUUCUCCAGCGCAUGGACUCUCCUCCAGCAUGCUCAGAACGCACAUUCUCUCAACAUCUAUCAGGUGGAGGAUGCCGGAUUUUUACAGACGUCAAAACCGGCAGCCACCAUGGAUCCACGUCACCUGGGUGCUGCACUUGCCUCUGCAUUCCAGCCGUCCUCUCGGCGAUCUGCCCCCCUUCACAAGCCUCCCCAUGGCUCCAGCAUUGCACCACGUGACCUGCAGGGCCUGAACUUCUCCAUGUGUUUGCAGCGCUUGGCGGAGGUUAGCUGCAACAAUGGCGGAGUAGUACCUUCCCCGUCCCCAUCUCCACCGGCUGCUUCACCUUUUCCCCACUCAACUCUGCCACUUCACGCAGCCUUCUCCUGCGAGUUGUGCGGCCAGGGUUUUCAAUCUAUGCGCAGCUUGUCCGCCCACCGCCGCACACAUGCCUGCGAUAGGCCCUACCACUGCGGCGUGUGCCAGCUCACAUUCUCCCAGAGUGGCGAACUGGCACGACACAUGAGGAGUCACCGCCGCCCUGCCGCUGCACAGGAAACUGAUCCCAACUCUGCCAGUGCAGAUGAGGACAGAAGACUUGCUGGACAGGGAGAUAAUGAUAUUUCCACUGUACACGGAGCAAGUACGGAGGCUGGGAAGCCUCCAGGAGGUACUACCCUGAUCUUGACGUCUUCGCAGUCCAAUCGCAAUCUGCUGCGCUACUACCAAGCUCCUAGAGAAGCCGAUGAGGAGGUUCAAGGUGAACCGCAGCAGCCAUCUCCCUGUGGCAGCCCCUCAGAAGGCUCUCUGGAGAGCGGAGAUACAGGUGGAAGUGGUGAGAGUGGGAUCGCCAGCGGCAACUGCACACCAAAGCGUCCAGAACGGGAAGAUCAUCCUCAAGGCGAAUGGGAGUGUGAGGUGGAGGCUGUCGAGAUGCUUCAGGACUGGCAGCGGGAGAACGAAAGGAGGCAGGUUACCAGCGGAGGGGGCAAGAAGAAAAAAGAAGAGGCUUGUGAGUUCUGCGGAAAGUGUUUCCGCAACAGCAGCAACCUGACGGUCCACCGGCGCAGCCACACGGGUGAAAGACCAUACCGCUGCGGUCUCUGCAGCUACGCCUGCGCGCAAAGCAGCAAACUCACACGCCACAUGAAAACACACGGCGCCCGUGGGACACGUGCUGCUUUUCAGUGCCAGCUAUGCUCCGUUCCGUUCACCGUCUAUGCCACGCUGGAGAAACACCUCAAGAAGGUCCAUGGACUCACACACGCCAGUGCCGGCGCCUACAGCCAGGGCCCGCUUACUGAUUACAACGGCCUCAACAUCCAAUUGGAGGACGAGUCUGUCAGUGAUCAAUCAGGAGCUCCCAUCACAAUGCUCACAGAAUCCAAUGCGGACCUAUCAGAGCAGCUCAGAGAGGAGGACCCUGAGAUGAGGGUCAGCGCUGAUGAGCCACCUACCUUUGAGGAAACUGGCAGCACUGUGGCAUUAGGUCAAACCACAGUAUAAACAUAGCAUAUGACUGAUCAUGACCAAAACCACCAAGCUUAAUGGUCUUCUGCCCACAACCCAGUAUGCGCAUCUUAUCAAAAUUUCACCACAGUACUUAGAGACGCUGAUACUGUCCGAGGCUUGAUAGAUUCUCAUAUCAGUACAAGUGCCUACUGUUAAAUCCUGUCAUGCAAUAUUGGAGGACUUCUGAACUCUUCAUCAUCGUCAAGGCACUUGGAACCCAGAUUUGCAACUAGUAGAGCAGUCAGAGAGUAUAUGGAAAUGGUUGCAAGUCACCUUUUUUGGAGCCCAAAAGACAAUCGCACAGAAAGACUGAGCAGCCUGAUCUGGUGAUCUACCAAUGUGAUUUUGAAUUCUAUAAUGCAGUUAUGAAGUGGGAUUACACUGUUGUGGCACUCUACCGCAGAGCCUUAAAGGUUCAUGGUUCAUAAAAAUCAAAAAUGGGAGGUGGUCUACAUCAGGGGUGUACGGUCCUGCCGCUGGAGGGACACUGUCCUGCAGAGUUUUGCUCCAACUCCAAUCAAUCAAACACACCUGAAACAACUAAUCAAAGUCUUCAGGACCUUUACUGGAACUUUUAGGCAGAAUAGGUCGAGCCAAACUCUGCAAGAGAUUGACCCUCCAAGAGCAGGAUUGUACACUCCUGGUCAAGUUAAUAGACGGUAUAGCAGUAGACAGAAUUGAGCUUAUGUUUUCUAUCUUACAGGGUUGUUUCCUUUUUUGAUACUGUAUAUUAAAUAGGACUGAUUGGGUCUGUGGCAAUACAUGUUCACUGUCACUUAUUACUGUUAAAGAGCAUUUGUUUGCCAUUUUGUUUGUCAUUUAGAAUGUCAAUGUAUAAAUAUAUAUUUUAGUUUGUGCUGACAUUUUGUAACACAUUCCACAAAAAUGUAUCACAUAAUUGUUAUUAUAGCCUCUAUACUGCACAAGAAAUUCAUUUUCCUUGUAUUCUGUGAGCCUGUCUAGUCUGUUUACAGACUGUUGUUUUACUGCCAAGCACAUAGAAAUGCUAUAAGGUUUUUUUUUGUUGUUUUUUUUGUGGUCGUGCGACUGAAAAGCCCCAUUUCUGACGAAAGACUGGGUAGGAAACGACAGCACUGACCCUCUUGAAAGGUGGACCCAUUGAGAGAGCACUUGUGUAUGUGUGAGAGACUUAGAGACCAGAUAUGUGAUAAAUCUAUACAGGGAAUGUUUGCUUUGUUACAUUUUUACAUGAUUAUCAAUGUCAGGGAACUGUUACGUUACAGUUUAUGUUUGUAUGGUAAAAAAAAAUAUGGUAGAAUAAAUAUUCAAAUGUAAUAAGCAUUUUUUUGUAUUAACAAAUGUGAAAAUAGUUGGACAUCCAGUUGUCCGUUUCUUCA